AUGGGAGGUGAAUGGUACGGUCACCAAGGUGGUGGAGUAAACUAUCUUUGUCUUCCACACAAUCCAAAGUACGACAGGUAUAACGACGGCAAUCAGGUCUCAGGAUAUGUGUACGGUGCUGAAUAUCAGGUCAAUUCCUACAAUGGGUAUCCUUUCAGACGAAAUCUUCAUGAUCACGAGGCGCCUUGUGUUGUCUGCUUUGUCAAGUCACGUGGCUCAAUGCUGAUGAUGCCCGCGCGGAACGAUUGUCCUUCUGGGUGGACCGAGGAGUAUCAUGGGUACCUGAUGACCGCAUAUCACAACCACCCGAACCAAAAAGACUUCGUCUGUGUUGACAAAGACCCAGAGUAUGUUCCAGGGACCAAUACCAACAAGGAUGGUGCCUUACUGUAUUUCGUAGAAGGGUACUGUGGCUCUCUUCCUUGCCUUCCAUAUGUUCAGCAUCGAGAGCUGACAUGUGCUGUUUGCACCAAGUAAUAAAACAUUCUCCCGUCAAUCUCAGAGAAUCAGUUUGUAAUCAUGGUCGAAAAAUAAACCUGAAGAAGAAAAUGAAAACCGAUCUUGAGUCAGUUUGUAUCACUACUGUAAAGCUGUCGUGAUCCGUGGUUUUUCAAGAUGCAUGUCAAAGGUAUCAUUUUAAUAGACCUUGUCACAGUUUUCGACGCCAUCUUGACGAAUAUGCAAAUGCGUGAGAAAUUACAGUGUUUUUAUGAGAAUCUAAUGUCGAACAAUUUCCGUAGAACGGCCGUUCUGAAAGAAAAUAUCAAUUGUAAACUAAAGCUUCACUCCUAAAGAUUCUACUGAAAAAAACUGAGGGCGUUACGUGCGCUAGAAGACAUAGAACCACUCUUUAAAAUUUCCUAUACAUUUGUCUGUAAGAAAGUACCGGGAAAAAUUACAGACAAAUAUAUGGAAAAUCUAUAAAGCAAGCCUCUGGAGAAAUUUAAGCACAGGUACGCCCCCCAAAUUUUUUAGUGCAAUCCUUUGCUUAGUAGUCUUAGUUUACAAUUGAUAUGUUUUUCAGAACAGUCGUUUUACGGAGAUUAUUCGACAUUACUGUUUUCGUACAAACGCUAUAAUUUCUCACACGUUUGCCUACUCGUCAAGAUGGUGUCGAAAACUGUGACAAGGUCUAUUUAGGCUUUGCAAAACCUGCGAAAGCUUAGCCUCCCACGCGUUUUACGGGGAGCUCGUUUUUCAUCCCUCCCCACAAGCAUUUGUGGGGAGGGAUGAAAGACGUGCUCCCCUAAAAACGCCUGCGUGGGAGGCUAACGAACGCUCGACCAGUUACUUACUAUUUUCUCUAGACUAUUUGAGUACUCUCCUAGCCCCCUGGACAAUGACCUCCUUUAUAAGUGCCAUUCCACUGAUAGAAACUAACACAAUAAAGUUAUUACCGUAGCUUUGUUAUCACACGUGACCACAGAAGAAGUUACUUUAUUUAUAUAGGAAAAAACAGAAUAAUAAAGAAAAGCGGUCGUUUUGCAUGAGGCAUACAGGGAGGAAAGGAGAAGAGGAGAGGAGGGCUGGUGAAGCAGUGUUACUCGCAACCUCCCUCUCGAACGUCUGCCACGCAGGCAAACUCAAAGGGAGAGCAAAGUUCUGAGGGAGCCACGAGGUAUGUGGGUUCCCCCCCUGGGGGGUACUUUAGGAAUUUCUUGGUGGGGAUGUGCCGCUGGGACCCUAGAACCCUUAACCUAUACCAGAGCUACUUCAGCUGAAUUUUGUUACCCUAUACUAGAGUAAACUCCCCAAAUCCCCCCUAUCCUAGAGUACCUGUUUCCCUAGUCUAGACAAAAUCUUCAACCAACUGAUCAGUUUCCUAAAAAACGAUACCCUAUUCUAGACCCAAACGCUCUUAUUUAUAUACCCUAUCCUAGAGUAAACUGCUUGAAAACCAUACCCUUCACAGCGGCGCAUACCUAUAUAGCCCAUAUAUGGCAGUACCCCCCCCCCCGGGUUCCCCAUUUGUUGUAAUCAUGGACCUCAAAAUUCCGAUAAAUUGUGAUAUCUGAUCCCAUAAAAAUGUUACCGUCCCAAAUAUCCCUUAGUAGUUUUCAUAAAUGUAGCAGUGACUUUGAAAUAGCUUGCAUGCUGUUCGGAUUUGGCCUUAGAGGUGUGGGUGUGAUACACGAUCCCAAAAUUGCAACCUGACCUUGAUCUCACCUCAGGGAUCCCUGAUCUCACCUCAAUGACCCCAGAUUCCUCCCCACCGAUCCCUGAUCCCACCCCUUUGAUCCAUAAUGCCACAUACUAGUCAAACCACCUUACGAAGACUCAUGACUCAGGGAAUGUGUUAAGUAUGUGUGUUUUAAGAUUUACUUCUUUAUCUAUCCUUAGAUAUACACUUUAUGAGUCGGUAGACCUGUCAAAAUCAGUUUCUCUUUCCUACAGUUGAUAUUUAUUGAAAUAAGUGUCCACAAGAGAAGGAAGACUGAAAUCCGUAUAAGCCAAUGCAUUGAACUUAGUUCAUUGAAAGUGGCUCAACUGGAUUUUUCAGGAGUAAUAUCUCCUAAGUGUAGGGAUUAACUACCACAUCACCAUUGACAAAAAAAAGGAAAACGACAUGACUACAGCUGUAGCAGACAGAGAUAAAAAUUAGUCACGAUCAAUAUUAUUUUGACAUCGAAGUUAUUUCCUACGCCUAGCCUCUGACUGAAUGACUCAGCAGCAAGAGAGGAUAGAGGGGACAGAGAAGGCAUCCCCCAUACACACUCUAUUCCAAAGGUAAUUCGUCUCGAGUUAUUUUUAGAAUCGGGAUGAAGUUACCUCGCGGGCUGCGUGGAUGUUUCGUGGCGGUUUCGCUUGACUAAACCCUGUGGAAAACAUGUCGGGCGAGAGGCAAUGAAAGCGUAAAGCCUAUCAAAAGCAUUCCUGAAUAUUGAAGCGAAAUGAGUCGGCGCUCACCUGGGAAAAGGGAAUCGCUGGGCUCUUUGACAACCCGUGAACUCGAAGUUGUCGUAACCUUAGUUCUUAAAUAAAAUGAGAAAUUUCGCUGGUCCAUUAAAACCGGUCGUUUGUACAAUAAAGCAAGUAGGACGCCAAGUGUUAUUUUUUUGAAUUAUAAGAGACUAAUAAAAGCAUAAAUAUAAUACCAGAAAUUGCUCUCUUCAAACUGUAAAUUGUAAAUGAUCUUGAGAGAAUAUUCAGUGUGUUAAGGAUUUCCCUGCUGUACUUUUAUCUUCAUGCAGGAGAGGAAGGGCGAUUCUUUUUUAAUUUCCGUUUCGCUGACACAGCUUUAGCAGAAAUCUUUCUGUAGUCGUUUUCGUGGACAAAACGAAUAGCAAUAUCGCUCUCCGCGUCUUCCACCAUUUUUUUCUACGUCAAUUCGUGAAGGACGCGUGGCUCUGAGCGUGGGUCAUCCACGAGGAACACAUUCGCGCUAUAUGAUUGGCUGUUGUCUAAUCCCCCUUGAGAUAUCUGGUGUUAAAAAUAACUCGAGACCGGCGAAUUACCUAUGGAAUAGGGUGUGUAUGGGGGAUGCCUUCUCUGUCCCCUUUAUCCUCUCUUGCUCAGCAGUUACAAAUUUAAAAUACGUGGACGAUGUUUGCAGGAUACGUUGUUAUGAAGCCUUCAAUGGACUGAUGCAAACCAGGGAAGGAGAUUUGUGAUUUGUCAAGAAAUUUGCGAACACGAACAUGCAUUUUCUACUGAAGAUUAUCAGCCUCCCAAUAAGGUCUUUGAUGGUGUAGUAGAUAAAUCAACCAUAGAUCAGUUCUCAUUUCUUCAUCAGAAGAGUUCCUCACUGGAAUGACAAAUCUGUUAAGAAAUCCAGAGGUAAAUGUUUGUCUGACCUGGUGUAUCUACACUUGGUCAUUUUUGUGUGUGUUGUGUUGGCUGCGACGUGCGCUGCUUUGAUGGUCCAGUUCCAAUCUUUGGAAUAACUGAGUCGUGAAGGCAAGCAAAGUCUCUGUCCGUUAACAAUGCCGCUGAAAAAUAAUCUUUUAAACUAUCAGUUAACGAAACAAAAUAUAAUGAGCUGGUUUGUGUGCUAAGGACCCUCCGCCCGCUUUUAUUUUUUUAGAUAUUAGAUUUUGGUUUUACAGAUUAUUUUUGGUCCGAAAAGUUAUCCGGACUUUCCAGAUAUGGGCCCCAGCAGUUGGGCUUGUGUUACCCAACAGAUAAAUCGUUCUUUGAGUAAAAAAAAAAACCCUUCGUCUGGGUAGAAUACCACACUGUAUCCGAUAUGUUCUGGUAGUCAUAUUGACUAUAAUUGUUAACAAGUAUUUUCAAAAUUUGUUUCAAAAUGUUCAAGUAUCAUGAGGUGUCACGUGACCCACUGUUCAAAGUCCUCGUUCCUAUCUGUGUGCUAGAGGUGGGGUAACGGUUCCCUUGUCUAUUCUAGGUAAUAAAUAAUAGAUAGGGACAACUUGCUUCAUUUUUCUUACCAUUUUGGCUCCUCAUUUGGGAUCGCUAAAAUUCCCAGAGGUAUAGUAUCCUGUAUAUGCGAGCACGCACGUGCCUACCUUAGAAAAUACCGAAGAUGAACUUAUGUAUGAAAUCAAAGCAAACCAACAGAUUAAUUGAUUGAUUUAUUCCGCCACUUUUAUUUGAAUACGGUAAUUUCAUUUAGUUACAAAACUUCUUUUACAUGAAAGCCGUAUUGAAACAGAGGUUAAUACCGUAGAAUUACUCUAAAACAAUAUGUAAAGACGAUAAAAUCUAGUCAUCAGCUUGCUUGCCUAUUCAGGCCAGUUUUCUUUUAAAAAUUGCUUUAGAUUCGGGUGCCUUUUUGUCAUCAGUUAGUAUGAAUUCCACAGCAUGAGAAAGACCUUUAUAAUACUCCGUUAGUUCGGAAUAUGAUCCAGCCACAUUAUAUGCUGUGUUUCUUAGACUCACAUGCAUCUGAGAAAAGAUCUUGAGAUUUUAAGUAACUAGGUACAUUUCGAUUUACUGUAUCGUACCAUAGCACCAAAUGGCAACUUUACUGCAAGCUCCUCCCAGUCUAAUUCUUUUUUUAUUUCAUUAUUUUUUCUUAUUGCAGCUCAGUUUUGCAAUUACUGGAGUUUCGUAGCAAGACCCUGAUCUAAAUUGCUCCAAAGAACAUCACAGUUGUCAGCAUCACAGACAGACAGAAAAACAGACAGACAGAAAAAUAGACAGAUAAAGACAGCAGACCGAUGGAUAGAUAGACAGACAGACAGACAGAAAGACGGACUUUAUUUCAACUCGAAGUUUCUUCAGUUACAGACAGACAGACUAACUUCAGUAUGCAAGUGAAUCAGAGAAGUAAUUACACAAUCAAAAAUCGCAAUUCAUCCACGGUCAGACUUUAAAAUCAUCUUCAAAAUCAUAUGUAUCUUUAAUGCACACGCUUUUGCACUGUUAGUGUACUGAGUGUUAGGGCCUUCAUCCACUUUUUGAUUCAUAUUUUAUGUCAGGGCUAUUUUGACAAAGGAUGCUGCAUGGGUACGACAAAGCAAGACCACAAGUGGCGAGGAGAAAAAAUGAAGCAAGGAGGGGAAGGCUGGUGGAUCAGUGUUACUCAGACUCAAGCGACUGAGAGGAUGAAGAUACGACUGAGGGGGACCACCAAGGGAAUGUUUUUGUACAUGUGUCGAAUUUCUCUAUUACAGACGCAUACGUCAUUACUCCAUGGCUUCCGAAAGGUGAUAAGGCAUCCGCAAGAGAUGACAAAAUGAAAUCGGGUCCUCUAUAUGCAAGGAAGUUAUUUCAGUAUAUCUGUGUUCGCGUAAACACACUCGUUUAAGCUUGAACUUGGACUGAUCGGCAAAGUCGCCUCCGAGCCCCAGAUCCAAGAACUACGGAACAAGAACACGGACACUCCGGAUGAAGAUCUCUGUCAUUUUAACUGGCAGUGUUAAAGUGCUGUGCCAAAUGAAACUACACUGUAACAAGUUAAAGCUACUAACUGCUUGCACCUAGCAGGGAAAAAAAUGAUAAUAGAGCAUCUCCGAAUGAAACUGUUAUGAACCAUUUCUACACUGUGCAAUUGCAGGAUCUGAUGGCUGCUUUCGCGGAACGGUAACGUGCGAAUAAUUUCUGGUUCGUUUAAUUGUCCUGGCAGUCAAAUAUAGACAACUAAGAAGGCAAUGUUCACUUAUAAUAGUCAUAUUUGACAUAUAUUUACAGUGUUGAUCAUCUUGUGCAGCAGUCACUUUGUAUUCGUAUCUUUCACCAGGCUUUCUGGCCCUCGACCAGAAGAAUUACCUACGUGCAAAAAAGGUGAUUUGAUUUUGGAGGUCUUGAUCGAGAUGAAUCACAGUAAAUCUGAGAAGAAACCCAAAGGCAAGUGCUUGUCUGACCUAGUGUCACCACACUUGCUUGUGUGCGUUGUGUUGGCUGCGACGUGCGCUGCCUUGGUGGUUGUCAUUCUUCAGAUGGAUCGACGUGUUUCUGCGUUCAACGACACUUUAGAAGAGCUGCGUCGAGAAGGCAAGAAAGCCUCUACUGUUAACGAUUCGGCUACGGUUUCUUCUGAAUUGGCAGCUAGAGGAAAGAGGGGAACUUCUAACACAACUCCCGGUCAGAAAUCAGACAUUGAAAAGCGAUUGAACCUCCUGGAAGAAAGGUGAGUUAAAUUAAAAUAAAAUUAUGAUCUCAGUUUAAAUUCCACACGCCCAGUAAUCUCUGUAAUAGAUCUCAGUCAGUUUCUGUUAUUACAGAAUACCGUAAAUGCUCUCUUAACGCCCCCACUAAGGCUUCAAAUUUGGAAUAAGCCUCCCUUCCCUCCCCCGAGAAAAAACGAGGUUCAGUACUCGGUAUCACGAGACUUAUACGGUACUUUCAAUGAAUGGGACAUUCGUAAUAGUACAAAAUUAAUGUUCUUCAAGUCGUACGGCUUUCCUUUUCAUAUAUACAAAACAUUACGAUGACAAAAGCAUUCUUAGAACUGUUCUAUUGAAGAAGCACAAUACACUUUGACGGGCAACUCGAAAACGUCUUGAGAACGUAACGGUUUCGAGUUUCACAACAAUAAAUUUUCUAUAACGUUUUUUGAUUUUUUUAUAUGUUACAGUUUGGGUUAAGUAAGAAUAAAGAUAAUGUCAUUUUGAGGCCAAAAAUUGAUAAACGAAAUAAGCGCCUCUCUUCAAAUAAGCGCCCCCCUCUCGCCUUAGAAAAUUAAAUAUUAAUUGCCGCCGGCGCUAAUUCUAGCAUUUACGGUCACUCAGUAGUGGACGAUUUUAAUAGUUUGACGAUUUUUGCUUGGCACCGUUACACUCGGCUAUGGGUAAAGGAUCAGUGUGUCUUUCCUUUUUUAUAUGAACAGAUUCUAAAUCGAUGUUCAAUUUAGGAGCGCUUUCAUCGAACAAGGGGGAAUAAAAGUUAGGAAUGGAAAAAAACAUUAGGAAUGGAAGUUAGGAAUGGAAAAAAACAUUUGUUCCCUAAAAUUCUCAGUCAAGAAAAUGUUAACCGCAAUUUAGCCUUCCCGUCACUACAGCCCGGCCCACAGUUCUUAAUGAACAGUAUAAAAGCGCUGCGCUAGAAUCGGCGAGUUCUAGGGGUGCUACUGAACACUUUAAUCCUGCAAGAAGUACCAACGAUAAUAAGCACGUCGUUUGGAUUUUCAAACUUUUAUUUCAAAGUGAUUUGCGGAUACUACCUCUUCACCAGUGCACGUUAAUGCAAGUUAACUUCAGUCUGUAACUUUUUUGACAAGGAGCUUUGCUCGCAAAAUAAGUCACAAAAAUUUAUACAAGAGAAACACAAUGCAUGCCCCAGCCAGACGGCUAGCUCUCCGGACAUCAUGCAGGGCCUGUUGAUAGUAACCUCAAAGUCGUUCUCUAAAAAUCAGCAAAAAACGCGAAGGCAUAAAUAAAUUGACAUGAAAACCGAAAAAUCGCAGUCUCGGAAAGAGCAAGCACUCUUGUGUUUGGACGCAAAGAGUUUUUUGUGACUUAUUUGAAACUCUGUUGAAGCUGUACCUUUCUAGCAUGGAGCGAAUGUGACAAGCAGUUUUAUAAGGACGCAAAAAACAGCUCUUCAAAGAAAUGUAAAAAUAAUAACCGCACAAUAAGAAACUACUAAGAGCAAAGACUAACCACCGUGCCCGAAAAUUGCUACGAAACUGAAACACGUCCCAACAACUCAGUUUAAGUUACUUCAUCAUGCUUUCUCCGUUUUUUUUUUUAUUUCAGGGUCGGAGCGCUAUUUAACAAGUCGGAAUUUUUUUCCAGCAAAUUGAGGGUCCAAAAGCUCUUUUCCUACAUAAUUCGAGGUACUGUGAUUCACGUGUAUCGUUCAAAAAGUUGGGAUUCUUUCUGGUCUUUCCUUUGAUGGUCUUGUUGCGUAAAAUGGUAACCGGGAUUUGUCGAAAGAUACGGUCUCUUGGAUUUGCUUAUUUUUUGACUGGAAAAAUGAAGUUCAGUUCACUAGAACUAGGAUUGGUUUGUUUAUUGGUUUGUUUGCCCCGGCCCACAGACUUGGGACACUAAGAUGAGAAAAAAUUAGCCUUAACUCGGAAGAUUGGAUUUGUCAUUUCAAACACGUAGAAAAUGGAAAAAUAUUUAGCUUUUGAAAGAUGCCCUUGAAACUCGGUCCAAUACUAUGUGCAUUUAUUCCAAGUAAAUAAUUUAUUAACUAAAAAUUUUGUUUUAUUACAGGACGAGACGGCCGCGAUGGAUUACCUGGGAAACCAGGAAUACCAGGCAACCCUGGAGUACCUGGUGUUGGGUCUCCUGGGAAAGCUGGGCCGUCUGGUAAGGACGGUCCACGGGGCAAACCUGGGGCAAAAGGUACUCAACUUUGAUUAAUUUUGCUUCUUUAAAUAACAACGAGAAACUGAGCACAAACUGAAAUGUGAUCUUCACAGCGUCUAUCGAGAUUAAGUUAAAUAUUUAGUACUUUUCCUAGAAGAACAUCUAUAGGACACAUUUUCCAAACACCUUUUAAAAUCCUUCAACCUUUUUUCUUGACUCACAGGAGAUGCUGGUAAGCCGGGUAUUAACAAACCUUUUCCAGGCCCUCCCGGUCCCAAAGGAGAGAGAGGUUCUGCUGGAAGUCCUGGGUUGAAAGGGCCUCAAGGACCCAAAGGUGAAAAGGGAAAGGAAGGAGCUGGGAAGUCUGGAGUGAAAUAUGUCCGUUGGGGAAGGACCACUUGUCCAGGAGGUGCUGAGCUAGUUUACAAAGGUAGGUCAUCACAGACACCUGUUAACUGAGACUGCAUUCUAGCUACUACUAAAGGGUUUUAGAAACUGAUGUAAUAAAGUAGAUUUAAGUUAUUGUCAAGGUCAAAUUUCAAAGGUCUCCAGUCAGUAUCUUUUUCACAAGGAUAGUUAUAGGGACCUUCUCUGUUUUAAGUUUACAGUUUGCACUUUAAAUACUUGGCAAACGGAGGACUUUUCGACAUAUUGAACAUUUACUUAUUUACUUAAUUUAUUAUUAAUUCAUUGUUUAUUUUGAGUCAUUGCAAACCGAUCACAAGCUAGAGAUUCAGCAAUUACCUUUUAUCNAUCCUCAGGUUUAAUGGGAGGUGAGCGGUACAAUCACCAAGGUGGUGGAGUAAACUAUCUUUGUCUUCCACACAAUCCAAAGUACGACAGGUAUAACGAUGGCAAUCAGUACUCAGGAUAUGUGUACGGUGUUGAAUAUGAGGUCAGUUCUUACAGUGGGUAUCCUUUCAGACGAAAUCUUCAUGAUCACGAGGCGCCUUGUGUUGUCUGCUUCGUCAAGUCACGUGGUGCAAUGCUGAUGAUGCCCGCACGGAAUGACUGUCCUACUGGAUGGACCGAGGAGUAUCAUGGGUACCUGAUGACUGAAAAGUACAACCACCCGAACCAAAAAGACUUCGUCUGUGUUGACAAAGAUCCAGAGUAUGUUGCGGGGACUAAUGGGAACAAGGAUGGUGCCUUGCUAUACUUCGUGGAGGGGGGCUGUGGCUCACUUCCGUGCCCUCCAUAUGUUCUGCAUCGAGAGCUGACAUGUGCUGUUUGCACCAAGUAAUAAAACUUCUCUCGUCAAUCUCAGAGAAUCAGCUUGUAAUCAUGGCUU